GACCAAAAAUAAAAAAGAGAGAAGGGUAAAAACAAGAUUUGACUAAAGUCUGAACUCUUAAGCGUUAAAAGCCCCAUUUUCCAUAUUCUGAGAAGACCAAAAAUUGAAGAAAAUCGGGAGCAAAGAUGCAUUCAUUUGGGUAUAGAGCUAAUGCUUUGUUAACAUUGGCAGUCACCAUCCUUGCGUUUAUGUGUGGAAUAGCUUCUUUCUCCGACAAUUUCAAUACUCCGAUUCCAACAACUGAAGUUCAAGUGUUGAAUAUCAAUUGGUUCCAGAAGAAACCUGAUGGGGACGAUGAGGUCAGUUUGACCUUGAACAUAUCGGCAGAUUUACAGUCAUUGUUCACGUGGAAUACGAAGCAGGUGUUCGUAUUUUUGGCAGCUGAGUAUGAAACUCCAAAGAACGCUUUGAAUCAGAUAUCUUUGUGGGAUGGUAUUAUUCCCACCAAGGAACAUGCAAAAUUUUUGAUUCACACCACAAACAAGUAUCGGUUUGUUGAUCAGGGAAGCAACCUCCGUGGUAAAGCUUUUAACCUAACAUUGCAUUGGCACGUUAUGCCAAAGACAGGGAAAAUGUCUGCGAACAAACUUGUGAUGACUGGUUACCGCUUGCCAGAGACAUACAGAUGAUGAAUUUUUUCCUCGGUGCAAUUUACCUGUAACUUUAGCCUCCACUGAUAAGUAGGGGAGAAUGUGCUUAAAUGAGAUGAAUAGGAUAAUUUUGUCCCGGAUAAUGUCAGGAUUGCUGUUUAUCGGCCUCAAAUUAUAAUAUUGAUACUUUAGACCUUUGAUAUUA